AUGAGGGACCGCAUCGUGCCGGAGUGUCUGUCUGGUGAGAAGAUCAUCUGCCUGGCCAUCACCGAGCCGACUGCUGGCUCUGAUGUUGCCAAUAUCCGAUGCAGCGCUAAGAAGUCCUCUUGUGGGAAGUACUACAUCGUCAAUGGUGAGAAGAAGUGGAUCACCAACGGUAUUUGGGCUGACUACUUUACGGUGGCUGUCCGCACUGGAGGCCCCGGUAUGGACGGUAUCAGUCUACUACUCAUCGAGAAGACCAUGCCUGGUGUCACCACUAGAAGGAUGAAAUGCUCAGGUGUUUGGUCCUCUGGCACCACUUUCAUCUCCUUUGAUGAUGUCAAAGUCCCCAUCGAGAACCUCAUCGGUAAGGAGAAUAAGGGCUUUAAAUGCAUCAUGCACAACUUCAACCACGAACGCCUUGCGCUGUGCGCUCUCACCAACCGCUUCGCUCGAGUGUGCUACGAGGAAGCCCUCAAGCAUGCCAACAAGCGCAAGACCUUCGGCAAGAAUCUGGUCCAGCAUCCCGUCAUUCGGUUCAAGCUCGGCGAGAUGGCUCGGCAGAUAGAAGCCACUCACGCCUGGGUAGAGCAAGUCGCCUAUCAAGUGGGGACGAUGCAUCCCCUAGAAGCUAACAUGAAGCUUGGCGGAGUCACUGCCCUGUUGAAGGUUCAAUGCACUAAGGUGUUCGAGUACUGUGCCAGAGAGUCGGCCCAGAUCUUUGGUGGGUUGUCGUAUUCUAGAGGAGGUGUCGGUGAGAAGGUCGAGAGGUUAAACCGUGAGGUAAGGGCUAUGGCGGUACCUGGUGGCAGUGAGGAGAUCAUGCUGGACCUCGGCGUUAAACAGAUGUCCAAGUUGGCCGAGAUGGCCAAGGUCCUCGUUGAACAGGCGGAGCAGGAGAACGCUGCGAACAAGAAGCAAAUGGCGAUGGCUCGCAGUAUGGGCGUCAACACUGAUGUCUUCGGUGAUGCGAAUGCCUUUGGUGAUCCGUAUUGGUAUCAAGCCGGAAAUAGUCCUUUCUACAACGAGAGUCACAAGAAGCUCCGUGAGUACGUUAGGGACCUUUUUGAGAAGGAGGUCUUGCCUCACGUUUUCGAGUGGGACGAAAAUCUGGAGAUUCCUCGGGAGGUGCACCGUCGUAUGGGCGCGCUCGGCCUCACGUCGUUAGCGAUGGGCCAUCCUUACCCCGUUCAGUAUGGCAGCAUCCCCAAGUUUCUCGACGGUGUCAAGAUUGACGUCUUUCAUGAGCUUAUUGUCUCCGAUGAGCUGUGCCGAUGUGGAAGUGGUGGCGUGGCUUGGGGUCUGGUCGGCGGCUUGACCAUCGGCCUUCCCCCUGUGUUGAGGUUUGGCCCAAAGGCUAUGAGGGACCGCAUCGUGCCGGAGUGUCUGUCUGGUGAGAAGAUCAUCUGCCUGGCCAUCACCGAGCCGACUGCUGGCUCUGAUGUUGCCAAUAUCCGAUGCAGCGCUAAGAAGUCCUCUUGUGGGAAGUACUACAUCGUCAAUGGUGAGAAGAAGUGGAUCACCAACGGUAUUUGGGCUGACUACUUUACGGUGGCUGUCCGCACUGGAGGCCCCGGUAUGGACGGUAUCAGUCUACUACUCAUCGAGAAGACCAUGCCUGGUGUCACCACUAGAAGGAUGAAAUGCUCAGGUGUUUGGUCCUCUGGCACCACUUUCAUCUCCUUUGAUGAUGUCAAAGUCCCCAUCGAGAACCUCAUUGGUAAGGAGAAUAAGGGCUUCAAAUGCAUCAUGCACAACUUCAACCACGAACGCUUUGCCCUGUGCGCCCAGACGAACAGGUUUGCUCGUGUAUGCUACGAAGAGGCUCUUAAGCACGCCCAUCGCCGCAAGACCUUUGGUAGGCCUCUUAUCCAGCAUCAGGUCAUACGAUGGAAGCUCGCGGAGAUGUCCAGGCUCAUUGAGGCCACUCAUGCGUGGCUCGAGAAUGUGGCUUAUCAGCUGUCCACUAUGCAUCCUCUAGAAGCUAACAUGAAGCUUG